AUGGUGUCUGCCUGGGGUGGCUAUGUGUUUAUUAUCAAUCUUAUUCCACUUCAUGUGUUUGUGUUGCUUUUGAUGCAACGUUACAGCAAGAGAGUCUACAUAGCAUACAGCACUUUCUACAUUGUGGGUUUAAUUCUAUCCAUGCAAAUUCCUUUUGUUGGAUUUCAGCCCAUUCGGACUAGCGAGCACAUGGCAGCAGCGGGAGUAUUUGCUCUGCUGCAGGCAUAUGCUUUCCUCCAGUACCUAAGAGACAAGCUGACAAAGCAAGAGUUCCAGACACUCUUCUUCCUGGGAGUGUCUCUAGCUGCUGGAAUUGUGUUCUUAACUGUGAUCUACUUGACCUACACAGGGUACAUUGCUCCUUGGAGUGGAAGGUUUUAUUCCCUUUGGGACACAGGGUACGCAAAAAUUCAUAUCCCGAUUAUUGCUUCAGUAUCAGAACACCAGCCGACAACGUGGGUUUCUUUCUUCUUUGACCUUCACAUAUUAGUCUGUACAUUUCCAGCAGGGCUGUGGUUCUGCAUAAAAAAUAUCAACGAUGAGCGAGUUUUUGUUGCCCUUUAUGCAAUCAGUGCUGUUUAUUUUGCCGGCGUGAUGGUUCGUUUGAUGUUGACAUUGACUCCUGUGGUCUGCUGCAUGCUGUCUGCUAUUGCUUUCUCCAAUGUCUUUGAGCAUUAUCUGGGAGAUGACAUGAAAAGGGAGAACCCACCAAUAGAAGACAGCAGUGAUGAGGAUGGGAAGAGUUCUGGCAAUUUGUAUGACAAGGCUGGUAAAGUGAAGAAACCCGUGUCCGAGCAGGAGAAGACCGAGGAAGGUUUGGGGCCCAAUAUUAAGAGUAUAGUCACCAUGCUCAUGCUGAUGCUCUUGAUGAUGUUUGCUGUACACUGUACAUGGGUAACUAGUAAUGCCUACUCCAGCCCCAGUGUCGUACUAGCAUCAUACAAUCACGACGGAACAAGAAACAUCUUGGAUGACUUUAGAGAAGCUUACUACUGGCUAAGACAGAACACAGAUGAGCAUGCCCGAGUCAUGUCAUGGUGGGAUUACGGCUACCAAAUAGCAGGAAUGGCUAAUCGGACGACGUUAGUAGAUAACAAUACGUGGAAUAACAGUCACAUAGCACUGGUCGGAAAAGCAAUGUCUUCAAAUGAAUCCGCUGCCUAUGAAAUCAUGAGAAGCUUGGAUGUAGAUUAUGUAUUGAUUAUUUUUGGAGGUGUAAUUGGCUACUCUGGCGAUGACAUCAAUAAGUUUCUCUGGAUGGUUAGGAUAGCAGAAGGAGAACAUCCAAAAGACAUCAGGGAAAGUGAUUAUUUCACACCCCAAGGAGAAUUUCGAGUUGACAAGGCUGGAUCUCAAACUCUGCUAAAUUGCCUCAUGUAUAAAAUGUCGUAUUAUCGAUUUGGUGAAAUGCAAUUAGAUUUUCGAACCCCGCCAGGGUUUGAUCGUACUCGUAAUGCUGAGAUUGGAAAUAAAGAUAUCAAGUUCAAACAUCUGGAAGAGGCUUUUACAUCAGAACACUGGCUUGUCAGAAUAUACAAAGUUAAACCAUUAGACAACAGAGAGGCACUGGACCACAAACCAAGAGUGACAAACAUUGUACCUAAACAGAAAUAUUUAUCUAAGAAGGUAGGUUCUAUGUAG